GAAAAAAAUGGAGGACGAUUCUGACUCGAGUUUUGCAGCCAGUUGUAGCACCCUCCACGAGCGUUUCUUCAUUCAGUGUUACUGAUACACGACUCUCAGACAUCUCAGCGGCAGAUGGGUCUGCCGCUACGUCGUCCUCUGCCACGGUGGCUGCCGCAGUGUCGAUCGCGCCGACAUCGUCUACGUCGCAGAGUUUCGAUUCGUCUACGCCUAGUAGAAAGCGUAAAAGAAGUGUGGACAGCUGGGAAACGAGCAAGCGAAAGCUUCUACGGAACUCUGGCAAGGAAUAUGUAACUGCUUCCAAGAAGAACGUUCAGGCCAGAAAAUGCGAUCACCAACCCUGUGGUUGUCCUCUAAAGUGCUAUGACAAAGUCUCACAUUCACAGAGAGAGGCACUCUUCACUGGUUUUUGGUCCAGUGGCGACUUUAACACCCAGAAUGCCUACUUAUGUGGAUGCAUCAAAGUCAUCGCGAUAAAAAGGAGGUACACCACUGCAGCUGCUGCUUCACGUCGCACACAGAGCCGUGUCUAUUACGUACAGUGUGGCUCAGGGAUGUCGGUUCGAGUGUGCAGGAAAGCGUUUCUACAUAUUCAUGCUGUUUCUGGUGGGCGUAUUGACCGUGCACUUAAGUCAUUUGUUGAAGCGGGUGGUUCACCGCAGAUGGACAAACGGGGCCGGCAUGAACCUGGCAACAAGACACCAGAAGAAACAAUCUCGUAUGUGAAGCAACACAUUGCUAGUUUUCCUCAGUAUGAAUCGCACUAUUCUCGAACUGACAACCCCAAUCGAAAGUACCUAAGCCCUGAUUUAACAGUUUCAAAGAUGCACAGCAUGUACAAAGAAGAAUGUUCCAAUGAUGGGAAGGAACCAGUCAGUGACUGGCUCUAUCGCAAAGUAUUCAAUGAAAACUUCAAUCUUGGCUUCGGAAGGUAAUAAUCUCUAAUCUUUCACACUCCUUUUGCUCAUUUGCACACUCCCACUUUCACUUUCCUUUUAUUAUCUGGGCUGUUUUAUUACAGGCCUAGAACAGACACAUGCAAGGUGUGCGACGAGAUGAAGGUGAAAGUGGAUGCCGAGACUAACACUGUGACGAAGCAGCAGCUCAAUGGAGAAUGGGAAUUACACAAAAGAAAAGCAGAAAGGGCUUACCAACAGCUUAAAGAGGACACGGCUCUUUCCAAGUCCACCAGCGAUGUCGAUGCAAUUACGUUCGAUCUACAACAAAGCCUUCCUACUCCUGUUCUGACUACGAACGUCGUGUUCUACAAACGGCAACUUUGGACCUACAAUCUCGGCAUCCACGACUGCAAAACAUCAAAAGCCUACAUGCACAUGUGGCACGAAGGUACAGCAUCCAGGGGAUCGCAGGAAGUAGCGUCAUGUGUUCGUCGUCAUUUGAAAUCAAAUGAGUCUACAGCGAAACAUCUUAUUGCAUUUAGUGAUGCUUGCGGGGGGCAGAAUCGAAACAUCAACAUGGUUUGUAUGUGGUUGCACAUCGUUGCCAGUGAUGAUUUCCCAUACACAGUGAUUGACCAUAAGUUUAUGGUUUCAGGGCAUUCGUACUUGCCCAAUGACAGAGAUUUCGGUGGUGUGGAAUCAGCUCGCAGACGUCAGUCACAGAUCUUUAUACCAGAACACUGGUAUAGGCUUGUCGAAAAGGCCAGACGUACAAACCCAUUCACUGUUGUACGUAUGUCAGCUAGUGAUUUUGUGUCAGUGAAUCGCUUGACUGAGAACAUCACCAACCGAAAAACUGAUGCCGAUGGAAACAAGGCCGAAUGGCUAAAAAUGCGAUGGGUACGUGUGGAGAAAGACAAACCCUACAAGUUCUCCUACAGGUACACUCAUAACACUCUGGAGAACUGGAAGGUGGUUGACAUAAAGAAACGGAAGGCUGGUCGUCCCCUGGACCUUGGAACUCUCACUCUGGAGGACCUAUACAGUGGCCCACGUGCAAUCAACAAGAAAAAAGCUGAGGACUUAAAACAGCUUUUGUGUUUCAUUCCACCCAUUCAUCACUCAUUUUACUCUUCUCUGUUGACCACUGAGGCUGAACAAGAUGAUUAGUGGGUACUAUAUCAGCUGAUGUUGUACUUGCCACUUAUAUCUCUAUUCUUUUCACUUUCAUCAUGCAUUAUCUAUGAAAUGAAAUCUAUAAGCAUGUCUCUCUUUCAUUCAAACAACUUUUAGUACCCUUUGAGGUAUACACACAAACUCUCAUCUGCAUAUCAGCUUCAGUGAAUUUUUAACAGACUCUAGACUUUGAGGUUAACGGGGUUACUUCACUAUGGUUCUGAGCCCUUCGUAUGUAGCUUUAAUUAUUAUUACAUGUACCUCUUUUAGACUUUGAUGUG